AUGGAGAACACAAUGGCUUACCAUGAGAUUGAGUCCACAGUACAACAAUAUUCAAAAAGUCAACAGAACAAGUGGGGUGACAGUCUUACUCAGAAAUCUAUCAUCGAACUACCAGCCCGGACUUUCAUCAACAUAAGAUCCAAUCCGUUAGAUGAGCUAAAAGUCAUUUGGAAGGAAUGGACCCCGGCACGCCGUUUAAAAUUCUCUCAAACAUAUGGGCACAUUGGUUUCUUGUUGCAUGUAUCGGUAAAUAUCCCUGCCAUAAAAGCACUGGUCGAGUUCUGGAAUCCACCAUAUCGUUGCUUUACAAUGAAUGGUAUCGACUUGACACCAACCAUCGAGGAGUAUACUUCGCUUUUGCAUCUAGUCAAGUUACAGACACCAUACAAACCAUAUGUGCAUGAUGCUAGUGUUUCGUUCGUGAAGGAGAUGUACGAUGCUGUCGGGGUCAAAAUCCAGAAAACAUUCUCAGAGGGAGGUGCAGAAGUAAGGAAAAUCUCUUGGAAGCAGUUGAAAGAAAUAAUCGAAAAAGAAGAAAAAGAAGAGGUUCAAAUACAUAUGAUGGCAUUAGCUAUUUACGGUUUGAUCAUUUUUCCAAAAGAACUAAAGAUGAUUGAUCAAGCUACUGUUUCGUUUGUAGCACAAGUACGUAACGGGAUUAACCCCGUUCAAGACAUCCUGGCAGAAUUUUCAGAUCACUCAACAACUGCAGAAUCAGGAGGUCACUUAUCGUCUAACAAAGGGGGCUUCCGUAGUAUUUUCUCAGUGAUCCGAAUCCCUUUGGCUGAAUUUGAGGAUACCCAAUUAAAGGAGCAGUUAGAUAAAUCUAAAUGGAACACAAAAAUGUGUGGCUUGAUCGACUCAGGGGUAACUUGGCUGGCGCCAUGGAUGGUCCACUCUAACAUGAUAUAUCGGUGUGGAAAUCUUCCAUGGGUUCCAUUACUAGGCCCAUGGGGAGGGAUAGCAUAUGCCCCUUUGAUGGUCAGAAGGCAAUUUGGGGCAUCUCAGUUUGUGCCUAUGACUCACGGAUUGGCUGACUCGGACUUUGCAUAUGAAACAGGAGACACUCAAAACCAGAUUAGAAAAUUUAUGGUGGCGUGGAAGCAUGUGAACCUAAUAGACCCGAGUGAUGGAAUUGCCACAGUCCAAGGAAAUUAUGAAGCAUGGUGA